CCAGCUGUCGCUCCUGCUUCUCUUUCCUCCUCCUGCUGCUGCUGCUGCUGCUGCUGGCCAUCCUCUGGCCGCCGAGCCCAUGCCCGGGUGGCCUCCACCUGCUGGCCUUCCUCCUCCUCCGUCCUCCUCCUCCUCCUCUUCUCCCGAUGGGCAGCCUGCUGAGCGGGGUCAGCUUCAAGGAGCCCGCCACCGUGGAGGACUGCGACUCCACCUGGGAGACCGACUCCGAGCCCGAGCUGCAAGGAGAGCCGGUGGAGGAGGAGGAAGAGGAAGAGGAAGAGGAAGAAGAGGAGGAGGAAGAAGAGGAAGGCGCAGGAGGAGGAGAAGAAGAGGCGCACCAGGCUCAGGAAGAGCCGGAGAAGGAGCCGCUCCCUGCGGCAAGCAAGGCUGAGGUUGAUGGAGAAGGCGAAGGGGCCGAGGAAGAGGAAGGAGACCCGCCUGGGGAGGAGGAAGCUGAAGCCACGGGCGCCGAACAGGGAGAUGAUGCAAACGAAGUGACAGCUAAACCAAAGAGAAGUUUUUAUGCUGCAAGAGAUUUGUACAAAUAUCGGCACCAAUAUCCACAGAACUUUAAAGAUCUGAGAUAUCAGAAUGAUUUGUGCAACCUCCGCUUUUACAAGAAUAAAAUUCCCUUUAAACCCGAUGGUGUUUACAUUGAAGAAGUCUUGAAUAAGUGGAAGGGAGACUAUGAAAAAUUGGAACACAAUCACACUUAUAUACAGUGGCUUUUCCCACUCAGAGAACAAGGGUUGAAUUUCUAUGCAAAGGAAUUAACAACAUAUGAAAUUGAGGAGUUCAAAAAAACAAAGGAAGCAAUCCGAAGAUUCCUUUUGGCUUACAAAAUGAUGCUGGAGUUUUUUGGAAUAAAGCUUACAGAUAAAAAUGGAAAUGUAGCACGUGCUUCUAACUGGCAAGAAAGAUUCCAGCACUUGAAUGAGUCCCAACAUAACUACUUGCGGAUCACACGUAUCCUGAAGAGUCUCGGGGAACUUGGAUAUGAGAGUUUCAAACCCCACCUGGUGAAAUUUAUUCUUCACGAGGCUCUUGUGGAAGACACCAUCCCCAACAUUAAGCAGAGUGCUUUGGAAUAUUUUGUGUAUACCAUAAGGGACCGGAGAGAAAGGAGGAAACUCCUACGCUUUGCUCAGCAGCACUACACACCUGCUGACCACUUCAUAUGGGGGCCACCGAGGAAAGAGAAGCUGGAAGGAAGCAAAUCAAGUAAAAAGCUGUCGUCGCCAGUUCUUCUUCGCACCAGCUGUGCUUCUAAGCAUAAAAAGGCAAAGGACUGCAAGAAUGCCUCCACAGUUUGCAACUCAGGCGGUAAAACAUCAGAUGAGAAAAGAGCAGAGCGCACUAAAGAUGGCGAAGACUGUGAUCAGAGUGGCAAGUGUACCAGCAGCAGUCCCGAAAGGGCGAAACAGAGCAGUGGUGAAAAGAACAAUGAUGUUGAGUGCCACAACCCCAAACAGGAAGAAACUGGCAGUCCUUUGAACUCAAAGGAGAAUGCUUCCCAUUCCAAAAAACUUAAAGGCAAAAACGAAGACAAUCUUAUUCAGGACUGUAAACAUUCCGAAACCAUAGAAAACGACUCCAGUGACAGUAAAAACAGUUCAACAAAUACAUUGGCAUGUCUACAGGACAAUGUAGGUAAGGAUCCAAACCCAGUGGAAUUAAACACGAAAAACAAAGACGACUGUCAAACAUAACUCAAAUGACCCAGUUGCUUAAAUCUUCUUCUGAACAUGACAAAAUGGUGUCACCCUCACCUGUACGAAACAAAAUGAGCAAUUUCAACACUGGGUCCAAUAUUGAAUCUAUCAGCUUAGUCUCUGAAGGGUUAUGUCUCCUUUAUUUGACUUGGUUUACUGUUUGCAGUUUUCAAAGCUGUGUAUUAAGCUUAAAAAAUAUCUGCAUAACAUUCAAGCCUGACAGAAUUCAUUUGUUAAGACCUCUCUAUGAAAACUCCUAUUAUUGAUUAUUAUCUCCCUCUUUGUUUCAUAUCUUUUUUUUCUUUUUAAAAAUGUAAAUUGUUUAUACCAGCUAGAUUUCUAGGGAACCAGGGUCAAAAUAUCUCUCCAGUAGAAACAUGCUCAGCAUGCUAUUUUUUUCAAUAUCUGCUAUUUUUAAAAAUCAAAAUGAUUUAGGUUUGGAUUUCACCUUCAUAUGAGUAUAGAGAGCUGGUUUAGGCCUUGAGUCACAUGAAAGAGUGAGGUACAUUUUCUUGGUCCCAGUUCCCCACUUGGAAAUGAGACUAACAAUUUGCUUCCCAGAGUUAGUGUGAGAGUCAAAUAUAACAGUGAUAGAAAACCUCUGCCUGCAUUUUAAAAGCACUAUAGAAUUGACUUGUAGUAGGACUCAUACACCAACAUCCGUCAUGCCAACAUCAUCACACACCUUGUCACUUCCUUUUUCCUUGGUGAAUUCCUUCAAUGACAGAUCAUGGAUAAUGGGCUAGACUAUGUUGCAUUCAAUUUUCCAUGUUUUAUCUGCCCUCCAUUUGUUACUUAAACUUUUCCCAUCCAUCCUGUUUUCCUCUUUUCUUGCAGUUGGCAUACAUCCAAAGAAAUCAGGAGAGGGCCUGCCCCCAUGUCUAUUUCUGUAUUUAGGACCACGAUAGGAAGAGAUAAUUUUCUUGAAGAGAUAAUAAAGUCAGGAAAAGGUUAAACAUUGAAGAGACAAAGAAUUGAUGGUUGACAACCCUUAACGGUUAAGAAAGAAGCAAUAUUUCAAAGUUGACCUUUCUUCCUAGAUUCACUGGUGCAGUUUGAAGAGCCUAUGUGCAAAAGGGAGAAUUCAGCUUUUUUUUUCAUUCUCCCCCCAGCCCCUCUCUAAAAUUCUUACAUCGUCUUGCAGUACAUAGAGAAUAGCAAGGAAGUAAAAACAUGAAAGCAAACUAGGAUUUGCAAACCAGAUCCAGAUAAUUUUCUAUUGCCUUAUAAGUUGUUUUGUUCUUCUCUAGAAAAGGUAAGAUUUCCUCCUUCAUAGAUAGGUAGACAAAUAUGACAAGUUCAAGACAUGAGUCUUGCCUCCCUGAACCUGCCAUGUGUUACACUGCUGAUACCAAACUAGAAGUACUCCUUUAAAACAAGUGAAGAAUGCUUGUCUGAAAGAAUUGAACUUUGGCAAAUAAUCAUCAUCAUCAAAAUCUGUAUUUUAAAUAUGGGCAUUCAUUUUAAGCUUAGUGGUGAAUGGCUGGUUUGCCACCCAAAUUGGACAGCGCAUGUGCCACUGAAGUUCAGAGAUCCAAAUGGGGAGUGCAGUCAUCCAUGAAGGGUGGUUUGCAUGUGGGUCACGUAUUCCUCAGCCCUGGGGUGAAGUACUUAGGUGGCCAGAGUGGGAAGUUUUGAGACAGAUGGGACUAAGAAGAAUUUGCGAAAAGCAGGAAAUACACUUUAUACACAGACCAAAAUAAUAGGCUUCUCCUCAUGAAUUACCUAAACCAGUGGUUUUCAACCUGUGGGUCCCCAAAUGUUUUUGGCCCUCAACUCCUAGAAAUCCUAACAGCUGGUAAACUGGCUGGGAUUUCUGGGAGUUGCAGGCCAAAACACCUGGGGACCCACAGGUUUAGAAGCACUGAUCUAAACAUAAUACCAAAUGAAAACAUGUCUACCCCUUCAAACCUAGAUUUUCCUUGCUAAAUUAUAAGAGGUUUUUCCCAAAAACAAGGUGCAGAUGUGGGGUGAAAUGUUUAUCUGCAUAGCUUCUUAGUGUGCACAUUGGGUGAAGAAAGCCAAUGUUAAGAGUAGGAAAGAUUUGUAUCUGUAUGUUGUUCUUUUCUCCCCAUUGCUAUUUUGAAAUGCUCUUAAAGCAUAUAGUUUCAUAUACCUGCCUUCUGGGAAACUACAUAGGGGUGGGAACCCUAACCUAUUCUAGAGACCUGUAUCAGUGCUUCCAGCAUGACGGGAGUUACAUCACAUUGCUUUUCAGCCAUUUAUUUAUUUAUUUGCAAGUAUAUGUGCACAUUGAAGUUUUGGGAGCAAGUUGCUAUGAAAAAGUUAACAUUUUUUUAAAAAAAUUCUGGGAGUUGAAGGUGGUCUCCUGUGGGGAUUGGGGACUCUUGUGGAGGAUUUGGAGAGGACACAUAAUGGAGUCUCAGGGGCUGACACAGUGCCACUCUUGUUGAAGUCAUCUCCCCACAUUAAAAAAUGCUACUCUUUGAAGGACUCUGAGGUAGCACUGAAGAAGGAAGUUUUUAAUUUGUACCACACAUACAUGAUCAGUUGUUGAAAGCAAAUAAAAUGCAAAAGCGCUUCUGGUUCUGUGCUAGGAGGCACUUUACAUACCUUUACAGCUCUCAUUUUUACAGGUGUCAUGUGAAAACAAUAUGCAUGAGGUAGACUCUUUUAAAUUCCAGUUAUCCUUUUUUCCCUUACCACUGAUUUUGCAAGAAUGCUAACUUUGAUUCAAAAUGUAUUUGUAUUGGACUAUCAGUGGACUGUUUCAAAGCACAGAAGCAGUUGUGCUUUAAAAAGCACACAUUUUAUUUUUCUUCUUGUCAACAUAAAAAUAUCAUUAAACCCCGCUUCUUUUUCUGGAAUUCACUUGAGCAGAUGUCCCCCAGGCAAAUGGAACAUAAAGAGGAAAAGGAGGAAUUGUAGACAUUCUACAGCAGUGGUUCCAAACUUUUACCUUUCUGAUGCCUUGCUUUUCUAUCUCCCAAAUUCCUUGACCACUGGCAUUGCUGGCAGGGACUUUGGGGAGUUGCAACCCAAAACUUCUGGAAGACCAGACACCAUUUUUAAGUUCAUAGACACAUUAUAUGAGGCUGGGCAAUUCACCAAGCACAAUUCAUGUGUAAAGUCAAAGAGGUCUUUACUGAAUGACCUUGUCCAAUGAUCCAUGUGUGGAACAAUGCUCGACACAUUUCAGAUCCUUUUUGUCCCAGGUAAAUUCUGAGUUGGUAGAGAUUCCAAGAUGACUGAAGACAUUCUUGAGUAACAGAAUACAUGUGGAACAGGCAGAAGAUGCAGUCCCACACUUGGCUUUGGAUUGGAGCAGCUGGAGCUCUAGUGGCUGAAAUGAAAGAGUUGACUUUUAAAUGUUGGAAGUCUGGCAUGGAAUUAGCCCCCUAUUUCUUAAAAUAGAUUUUCCUCCACCUGGUGAUCUAAAGUAUUAGAAGACAGUGGCUAUCAUUGGAGAAGUUGGAGAAGACUAUCCUCAGGGCAGCUUUUUUUUUUUUUUUGAAACUAUGAAUUAAUACUAGGCCAGUGACAUGUCUCAGGAUUCCAACCGUACAUCAGUAAGAUCAGGUUCAUUCAAAGUUACCCAAAAGAGUGAACUGAUGAGCAUGUAUAAGAAGCAAAACCAAAAUGGAUAUAGGAUAUAGGUCAGAAUGGAUAUAGGUUGAUGAAUGGCUAUUUGUUUAUUUCUUAUUUAUUCAAAAAGCCUGGUUCAUUUUCAUGUAUCAGAGUUGGCCUUCUUCAGAAGCUAGAGAUAAAAAUACAAAUGUAAUUGCCUUAAACAUAUAAAAUCCAUUUUCUUUCAUAAAAGUGGGAUAGAAAUUAAUAAUAACAAUAACAACAAUAAUGAUCAAGCUUUGUAGCCAUAUAACAGGAGGAUUUAGCAAAUGUAUAAGGUUUCGGAAGAGUGUAAACCACAUUACAAUUUUGGAAAAAGCUUAUAUAAUUUGAUUUGUUUGGAAAAAGGAAACCAAUCUCCGCUACAUUGAUUACUUACAAUUUGCGUGAUGUUAGCAGCCUACAAAGAUUUUAAACCCUAUAAAAAACACUUUUUAAAAAUGUGUAAUUCUUAUAUUGGAUUUGAGAGCAAAAAAAUUCUACACAUCUGAUUCUGCCAGUAAUAAUAAUUCAACUGACUUUUUGUGUGAAAUGACCUCUACCUGCUUACAUAUGUGAAAGCAGAUGAUGAUAAUGAUGAUGAUAAUGGUGAUAAUGAUGAUGAUAAAAACUUUAUUUGUAUUCCGCCCUAUGUCCCUGUGGGGACUCAGGACAGAUUCCAACAUACAAUGCUAACAUUCAAUGUCUCCAUUAAACAAACAAAUACAUAAAAUCCCAGAGAAAUCUCGCAUAUGGAAAUAACAUUAAAAGCCUAACAUCAAAUUGAAACCUAACCUCAGUAAAUUAAAUCUAACAUCAAUAAAUUGAACGAUGUAGUCAAAUAAAAUCAUAUAAUAGCAUAAAAUCUAAGCAAACAUCUACAUGAGCUUACAACAGCCAAUUAGAGUUCAAAAAACAAUGUGGGUUGGUUGUGUAGUCAAACGAUAAGUCAUCGGGCGGGCAUGGACUAGGAGAGUCCAAAUGCAAAAUAGUUCUCAACCAGGGGCCCAGUAGUGAUCUCUCAUUAUCUAAUCCUCCUCCUCCUCUAUAUGCUAGUGAGCAGAGUAGGUCAGAGUUGUUUUUUGAAAGAGAGGAAGGAGGGGGGCAGCUUUAUUUCUUUAGGGAGGGAGUUCCAGAGGUGGGGGGAGACCACAGAGAAGGCCCUCUCUCUCUCUCUCUCUCGUUCCCUCCAGCCGUUCUUGAGAUGGGUGGGACUGAGAGCAGGACCUCUUCUGCAGUGCCCGGGCUGGCUUGUAAGAGGAGAUGCCUUCAGUCAAGUAGCCUGGACCCGAGCCAUUUAGGGCUUUAAAGGUAAUGGCCAGCACUUUGUAUUUAGUCUGGAAGCAGACCAGCAGCCAGUGGAGCUGCUGCAACAUGGGAGUGGAUCUCGCCCUGGAUGGGCUCCUGUUAGUAAUCUGGCUGCCCAUCUUUGAACCAGUUUUGAGAUGUCCCUGUUUAUGAGGAUUUAUUAUCUUCCUGCAAUAUCUGCCCUUUCUCUCAUGAUUUGGAAGACCUGGAAGGAAAGAUGAUAUACCAUACCUGUCAUGUAUGACAGAGCCAGAGACCCUUGUGUGCUCCUCCCUCUUAAUCACUGGUGGUUUUUUCAGUACCAUUUCUUCCCCAGCUAAUAUCACUCCUGAGUUUCAUUUACAUUUGUUUCUUGUAUUUUUCCCCAGAAAGAAACUCCUUAUCUUGACACUUCAGUAUGUGACAUGAUAAAUAAUGAUACAUGCUAUGCAUAUUAUGUUACCUGUGUUAACACGUAACAAUGUAUUUUUAAAAUACUCUAUUGUAGGAUAUGCUUUCAGUUUUAAAAAUUGUAUGAGUAGAUGCUUUGUUUUGUAUUUUUAUUUACUUGAAGAAGUGGUAAAGUGCAUUGAUCUGUAAUCCUUACGCAUCCUAGUCAAACUUUCACAAAUUUGAGAAUAUGUUUGACAUUUCUGCUGCCCACUCUUGCACCAUGGAGCACACUGAUGUCAGUAUAUACACCUGGUAGAUGUAUUUAUUACCCAUGCUAGAUGAACUUUCAACAGAAAAAGCCCCCUUAAAAACACAAGGAUUACUUCUGAAUGCACAGUAAUAGGCAUAUAGAGUUUAAUAUAUUUAGGUGGCACCAAGACUUUUUUUUGCAGCUAACUGAAUGCAUUUUUAUUUAUGCUGAGGAUAUCUGCAGUGAUUAUGGGAUCAGUUAUUAUGUAUACGAAAAGGUUAUGCUAGUUCUCUUGCAUUUUUAUCUGGUUUACUUUAUUUAUUGUUUGAUGUACCAGUACCAUGUUCAGAACAUAUACUUUAUUUAUCAUGUCAGAAGCAAACAGAGGUACAAUUUUAAUGUAUUUGAAAAGACAAACAAAGUUAAAAACUAGGCAUUAUACUAAAUGUCCUUUGACCAGUAGCCAGCCACUUGGAGUGCCUCUGGUGUUGCUAUUAGAAGGUUCUCCAUUGUGCAUGUGGCAGGGCUCAGGCUGCGUUGUAAUAGGUGCUCUGUGGUUUGCUCUUCUCCACACUCACAUGUCGUGGACUCCAGUUUAUAGCCCCAUUUCUUAAGGUUGGCUCUGCAUCUCGUAGUGCCAGAGUGCGUACUGUAUACUGUAUACAUUUAAUUUGUUCUCAUGCACUGAUGGGAUUAAUUUGUUCUUCCUGCAUAAAAAGUACUACUACCAUGUUUUGCAUAAUGUUACAUAUCAUGCUGUUAAUAAUGUGAUCGAGCCUUUUCUUCUCUGCAUAAAUGAAGCCAUUCCCCCAGUUUCUAAAUUACUUUGAGGAUCCUAUAAGAAACAAAUUUUCAUGAUAAUUAGAGGUUUAUUUUGUGUCUGAUCUCUUUCAAAGCAGCAGUACUUUAAGUGGUAGUCUGUGGAGAAGUGCCAGUCACCAAAACAUUGGCUACCUGGUGCAUGUCUGGGGGGGGGGGGGGGGAGGAACAUUUGUUGCUGAUGGGCACAAAUAUGGUACUGAUCCCUGGCACCAUGGGGCGGGAGGAGAUUUUCAGUCUGCCAUAUCAGAUAACUGGAGAUGUACUGAUCUAAACCGUCAUUUGCACAAGUGUCUUACCAGCUGAAUCAUUACUCAUUUACAAUGGCUUGAGUUAUUUAUUACAACAUUCUUGAGUAAGGUUUGGUGCCAGUCCUAGAGGAGGGUAGUUGAAACUUCAGCACUUACAUUUUUGAUAAAUUAUGAAAGCUAGCUUUCUGUGCACAGACCCUGUCCUGUGGUAUUUGAGUUUGCAUCCCGUUUUUUUUAAGGAUAGGAAAGCUUCCUCACAAACUGCUAAAGACAGCUCUUUCCUGUGAUAAUGGUGGUCAGUAUGUAAAACUGGGUUAACAACUUGUUGAAAUAAUUGUUUUGCAUAAACGUAUACACCUGCACUCAGUAUUAGAGCAUUAAACAGAGUUGCCUUGUUUGUGGAUCUACUCCUUCAAAAAGUAGAAUGUGUAUUUGCAGCUGCAGCUUGCAGGAUUUUGUCCUGUGGUGACACUUCCCAGCCUUGGGAUCCCCUCGAGUGAAUGCCAUAUUGAUAGAAGUGUCCAUAUCUUAAGUGCAAUGUAUGAAUGCAACUUUGUGCAUGAAUUGCUUCCCUACCAACCUGCAUACUGCACAACAUCAGGCUGUGUCACAUAUUAUACUGCUUAAUAACCCAUAUACUCAGGGUAACAUAAAGCACUUGCAUCAACUUCAGAAGUCAGGUGGCCAUCUCGGGAGUUCAUUGGUAAAUGAUGACAGCAGCUUGAAUUAAACAAGGACUAUCGUAAUAAUGUGUGGCUCUGUAAUAUCUUUUUAUUGUAUAUGUAUUAAAAUUGCCACCAUUAACUUCAUAUUUAUUUGUGAAAUAUGAUCCGGUAAAUGUAACACAAAUCACUGGAACACAGGCAACAACUGCAUAAAAUAAAGCUUAUUUGUUGAAGCAGA